UCCCUUCUAGACGUUUCCUGCCUGUGACCGACCUCACGUCCUCAACGAACAGCGGUGCUGCUGGAGAUCCAGGGCUUCUGUCCUCUGUCUGGGGUUUUUGGUGAAUUUCACAACGUAAUCAUGGUUUUCGAGAAGAAGAUGCUCACUUACGGCGACCCCGACGACGAGGAGGAUGACCCUGCUGAGGAAGAAGAGGAAGCAGCAGAAGAAGAGGAGGAGGAGGAGGAAGAAGAUGAAGAGAUGGUGGACCCUUUAGAAACGAUACGAGUCAAGUGUGAGCAGACUGAACACUGUGUGCACACCAGGGAGCGUCUGGAGGCCUGUGAAGCCCGCGUCAGCUCCAGAUCCCACACUGAGGAGGACUGUACAGAAGAACUCUUUGACUUCCUGCAUGCACGGGACCAUUGUGUUGCACACAAGCUCUUCCACAACGUGAAAUGACCUGCCUGCCCUGUUCCCACAGCUGUAAAAUCUAUUUAAAUGCUAAAAUUGUAAAAUAAUCAGGACCUCUCUGUCAUUGUUCUCCUGUGUAUACUGUAAAUGUUUCUUCUUGGUUAUGUGGACUAAAUACAUGCCACCCUUCCUGAACACAGUGCAUACAUAUGUAGGCAGGAUCAGAAGCAGUAUGUUGAGUCACUGCUUGUCUUGGUAUUAGUUGCAUCCAAGUUGUUUGAAGUUGUACAAAGACGGGGCUCAGGCUGGUCAGUUUUUAUGCAAAACCACUCACUCUGCUCUGGCAACAGAAUUUCUCAGGUUCAGUCACGUAUUCAUAAUUCUCUCCAGAAAAUAAAAGUUUUCUUUGGUACCAGUUCA